GCCCCAUAACAUAAUUGAUGUAUUAGUGUGUUGUGGUAAGCUGUCAGGAACCUUAGGCCAGCUGUGCUAAUUUUCGUGAGCAUAGAUAGCAGGGAGCAGGGGCGGACUGACAACUCAUGGGGCCCCCGGGCAAUAGGGGAUCAUGGGGCCCCUGUGUCCUUGCCCAAACUCAAAAAAAGCCUAUGAAAAAGGUACCAGGGGCAUCUCAUGGGGCCCCCUACUGACCCCGCGCCCUCGGGCAGUGCCCGAGUUUCCAAAUGGUCAGUCCGCCCCUGGCAGGGAGUAC